AUCAAUUUCUUUAUCCGGUUUAAAAAAUACAGCAACCCUCUUGCAUGCAGUGGUGUUUUCUUUUGGCCGGUGGACUUAUUUAACAACGAAAAAUAACAUAAAUCAAGAUCAUGAAUGAUAUCACCACCAACUGUUCCACACCAAUAUACCUUCAUAAUCCCAAUCUAUAUAUAUAUUUAGCCCAAGCAUCUUUGUAUGUCAAAGCAAAACUCUUUCCUCUACAAAUGUCACCACCGCUUGGCAUGACUUCUGUCAGCGCUCUCUCAUGGCUCUUCCGUGGGUUCAAGAGCUCCAUUUCGCUCACCUGAGAAUAUCUCUCACCAUUGAUCGUAUGGUUCCUGUCAUGCCCUCAAGCUCCAUUCCUGCCAGCCCCGGCGAUAGCCUUUACCUAUCUAACCUCGAUGACAUGAUCGGAGCACGCGUUUUCACCCCUACAAUAUAUUUUUAUCAGUCCGGUGACAUGAAUUCCGGCCAAAAACCCGUCAUGAAAAUACUAGGCGAUGCUCUUGCAGAAGUCCUAGUCCCUUACUAUCCUUUAUCUGGCAGGCUUAGAGAGACCGAAAACGGUAAACUGGAAGUGUUUUUUGGACCGAAACAAGGGGCACUCAUGGUGGAGGCACACUCUGAAAUGGCCUUAGCAGAUUUAGGAGACCUCACAGUGCCAAACCCUGGCUGGGAACCAUUAAUCUUCAAGUUCCCUGAUGAGGAGCCAUACAAAGUUCUUGACAUGCCAUUGGUCAUAGCUCAGGUAACUAUUUUUAGAUGUGGUGGCUUUAGCCUGGGCUUGAGGCUUUGCCAUUGUAUUUGUGAUGGAAUUGGUGCCAUGCAAUUUGUUGGGGCAUGGGCUGCCACAGCAAAGGCAGGUGCCUUGAUAACAAACCCUCAGCCAUGUUGGGAAAGGGAACUUUUUCUGCCUCGCAACCCUCCGGUGGUGAAAUUCCCACACCUCGAAUUUAUGAGAAUUGAAGAUGGCUCGAGCCUGACAAUGAGCUUGUGGCAAACCAAGCCCGUUCAGAAGUGUUAUAGGAUUAGUCGGGAGUUCCAAUCUUAUUUGAAACAUAUGGCUCAGCCGGAUGAUGUUUUUGCAUGCACUACCUUUGAUGCUAUGGCUGCUCAUAUAUGGAGGUCAUGGGUGAGAGCACUAGAUGUAAAACCACUAGAAUAUGAGCUUCGGCUUACAUUUUCCGUCAAUGCCCGUCGUAAGCUACAAAACCCACCAUUAAAAGAAGGGUUUUAUGGCAACGUGCUGUGUGUAGCAUGUGCAACAAGCACCGUCUCGGAGCUUGUAAAUAGCCAGCUCUCUGACACGACCCGUUUAGUUCACAAAGCCAGGCUCAAUGUUUCAGAAGAGUAUUUGAGGUCUACAGUGGAUUUCAUUGAGGUGGAUCGGCCAAAAAAACUUGAAUUUGGAGGGAAAUUGACAAUUACUCAAUGGACUAGAUUUUCCAUAUAUGAGUGUGCAGAUUUUGGGUGGGGAAGGCCACUAUAUGCUGGUCCUAUAGAUCUGAGUCCCACGCCUCAAGUUUGUGUGUUCCUCCCAGAAGGAAAGGCUGAUCUUAAUGGGACAAUGGUGGUAUGCAUUUGCCUGCCAGAGGCCGUUACCGAUAGGUUUACAGAAUAUUUUGUGUCUGAUAUGCUCCAGCAAUGAAAACCGUGUUGUAAAUACUAAAAAUUAAGCUCCAGCACUAAGACCAUGCAUUGGAAAUAAAGUAUCAAAGAUCAAUGCAUAUUUUGUAGUUCAACUUGUAGGGUAGAUUUACUUGUUCACCACUUCUAACCUCUCUAUAUAUAAAUAG